GUUCGACAAGGUGAGGGAGAACGUUGACUUCCUGAAGUUCACCCCCAGGCACACACACUUACAGACCAGCGGCCACACACUGAGGCUGCGGAAACCAAGGCACCGUUUACCGUUGCCGUUUACCGUUGAUGAGGUUUCAGGCCCUGCUGCUUCACUGCUGGUGCAGUGCUCUACGUAUGAAGGCCGUCAAUAAUUUCAGUGUUAGCCUCAUUAUAAUAAUCCUCAAUGAACUUAUUCUGAAACAUCGUAGAAGAUGUGCAAAAUGGAAGCUCUGCGACAGAUAUUCUUGGAAUGUCAGCACUCAAUCACCUCACAGCCUCGCCUCAUGAAGAGGAUGAUCAAUCUCUAUUUAAAGACUCAGUUUGAGAAGUUUAUGGAGGAGUUCACCAAGCUGCUUAAAUACACUUUGGUCCAUGGAGACAAGCAGCCGGCAGUGGAGCGGACCCUCAGCUUUAUUGUCAAAUUUGCCACCUCAGAGAAAACUCAACAGGAGGAGAGAGAGAGAGAAAGUGAUAAUGAAGAUGAAGAGGAGGCUGAUCCUUUCCUUGAAAAUCUUAUUGUCUUCCUUUUGCAGAACCAUGAAGCCAACAGUCCUGCUGUGAGACUGAGGAUAUGCCAGCUGCUCAGUAUGUUGCUGAGGCAGAUGGGGCCAAAGGCAGCCAUAGACAAUGAUCUGUAUGACAUUAUUUAUGAUACGAUGCUGCACCGCCUGCAGGACAAGAUUCCCGGUGUCCGCAAGGAAGCCGUCAAUGCCCUCACACGGCUGCAGGACCCCCACAGCAGCGAGUGUCCUGUGAUAGAAGCUUACUGCUUCCACCUGUGCAAGGACCCCAAUUAUGAUGUGCGGCGUUCUGUGUUGAACAACAUUGCUGUCACCUACCAGACACUGCCGGCCAUCCUGGACCGCAUCAGAGACACCAGGGAGUUGGUCCGCCACCAGGCCUAUAAAGUGAUCUCGCAGAAGAUUCACCUGAAGUCUCUGACCAUUGCCCAGCGCGUCAGACUCAUUUCGGAGGGGUUGAAGGACCGCCAUGAAAUGGUACGCAACUGUGUGAAAAAACAGCUGAUUCCAUCGUGGCUGCGGCAGUCAGGUGGCAAGGUGCUUGACUUCCUCACCUGCUUGGAUGUUGAGGCAUCUGUCAAGGAAGCAGAGUUGGUCCUCAAGACCAUCUUUGAGCUCAUUCCUUUCCCUGACCUUGUCAAGAACAUUGAACUGGAGGAAGGGAAGCGGCUGGUGAGCCCUAGUAACCUGCGGCCAGAGUCUGCCCUUUACUGGAGGUGUCUGGUGCAGCACUUGAGAGAGGAAGGCGCUGAAGAGGCUCUAGAACAGAUUCUUCCUGACCUCACCCACUUCUGCUCCUACCUGAGUUCAUUUGUGUUGGCUGAGGUCAAGGUGGGGGAGGAUGAGCAGGAUGCAGCCAUUCGCUUCAUGGAGAGAGAAUUCAUCACCAACCAGCUCAUAUCCAUGGCCCUGGUGUAUGACCUUUCCGACGAGGUUGGGCGCCGAUCCCUGGAUCAAAUGGUGCGGAAUCUGCUGGUGUCAGAAAAAGUUAGAGAGUCCCUGGUGAAGGGUCUGGUGGAGAUCUUCAGCAAGCUGCAUCCCCUCAGCACCAGGAUCAACCAGUUGGCUGAGAUCAUCUCUGAGAUCCGUGAGCCUCUCUGCAGGACAGUGGAGCAGCCAAUAUCUGAGGAAGAAGAGAGGAAGAAAAAGCUGAAGGUUGCCAGCUUGAAGGUAAAGAUAAAUCAAGUGCGUGAGGAACUUCAGGAGAGCAUGUCAAAACUUGACUUGGAGAAGGCUCAGACACAAAAGAACGAACUGUUGGAUUUAGAGGCCCAGUUGUCUCAGCCCAGCUUGAUCAGCACAACAACAGAGGAGAUGAUUCAAGAACCCCGCAAUGAUCCUCCCACAUUAAUUAAGUGCCUCACCAUUUUCUGCAACAUUGUGGAGUGUUCUGAGGUAGAAGAGUUGACUCCUGCCUUGCAAACCCUGCAUGAUAAUCUCAUCUUAAGGUGCCUGCGUUCUGAAGACCCGGCCGUGAGAAACAUUGCAGUUCAGGCCCUCGGGCUCCUCUGCCUCCUGUCCAAGGAUCUGGCAAAGCAGCACAUCACCCUUCUAAUGCAGGUGUCAAAGAUUGAUGCUGAAAAAAUCCAGGUGACUGCUCUGCACUGCAUUAUUGAUUGCCUUCACUUGUAUGGCAUAGAUGAAUUUGCUGAAUCCACUGAAAUAUUGCCUGAUACAAUCUUGGUCCAUCCUCCUGAAGAAGAGGAAAAAGAGGAGUGUGUAGAAAAUGGAGGAGCCAUCAUUGCUGCUUUGUGUGAGAGGCUGGAUGAUGAAAGUUUGGAAAUAAGAACACUGGUGGCUGAGGGAAUGUGCAAGCUGCUGUUGUCUUCUCGCAUCACGUCAUCCAAGCUGCUGUCACGUCUGAUCUUGAUGUUCUACAACCCCACGACUGGAGAUGACAGCUUCUUGCGGCACACACUUGGAGUGUUCUUCCCCCUGUAUGCCUGUGAGGAUGCCAGCUACCAGGAGAGUCUGUGUGAGGCUUUUAUGCCCACACUGCAGACCCUGCUGCAGGCCCCGUCACGCUCCCCCCUGGCCAGUGUAGACGUAGAAAACGUGACCAACUUCCUCAUCUCGAUUACAAGUCCAACAAUUCUCUCUGAGGAGUCAGAGGAGAAAGUAAAUGUCCAUGACACGCUGGUGUUCACUCUCUGUUCGGAAGUGCUGAACAACCCCUCUGAAUGGCUGGCCAAGGUGUUCGUGCGCUGCCUCAACAGCCUCCACCUCACACCCACCAACUUCUCCUCCUUGCGGCAGCUUGACGUGCUUGCCUCAAAAAUGCUGAAGGUAAUCGAUGGUAAAGGGCCUCAGAAUACCCUGAAACGUUUUCAGCAAAAAAUUCAAGACUUUUUGGCCCGGGCUCCUGAAUCUGAGGAAGCCGAGGAGAAUCCUUCUAGCAUGACAGAAGAGAAAGCAGAGGAAUCAGCUGCAGAAGAAACCUUAGAAGACAAGACAGAGACCACAGUUAUCAGAAAGAAGAGAAUGUUAUACGACCAAACCAUAACUGACCCAGCCCUGCUUUCUAGUGAGCCUGAGUCUGAUGCAGAGGUGAAAAGCCCCACCAAAAGAGUUGCACGAAGCCUCUCUGAUGCCAGCUUGGAUGAGGAUUCUGCUUCUUUUGGCUCACCAGUAGUCACCAGCACCCAGACCAAGAAUGAGCAGCCAGCAUCAAGUGAGGAGCAGGAGAAAAAUGUGACUUGUGCCGCACACAUUGUGGUCAACUCGGAACUAGAACUGACCCAAGAGGAGAAUGUGUCCAGCUCUGAAGGGCAGAAGGUGUCGUGUCAGGAAGAUCCUAUGGUGCCAGGCAGCCAAGAAGCGCCCAGCCAAGGAUGUCCUAAGUCACCUCAGGAGAGAGAAACUUCAGUGUCUGGUGAAGCUUCUGAGAGCAUACAUGAAUCCAGCAGCGCCGAGCUCACCAGUGAUGAGGAGCCAACGCCUCCCAAAGUCCCACACCUCACAAGGAGAAGCAGCAGGCUUACGCUGGCUGAAGGGACUACAUCAGACUCCAGUGACUUCAGCCAGUCCUCCAAAGCCAGACGCAAGACAAAGUCCCUACCCGACCCACUCCACAUCAGCUCCAGCAGCAGUAGUGCCACUGUUGACUCUAGGAGGUCCGAAAGUUUGCAGAAGCCCAUCAAUAAGACACCAGGCUCUAGCCGAAAGAGAAGCAAGGACCUCUCAGUUAAUUUAGCGAACCCUCCAGUAUCAUCUGACGAGAGCACCUCGGAUUCUGCUGUCAGAAGGGCCACACGCAGCAAGUCCAGGGGACGGGUCACCACUACCCUCACCCCCAGCAGCCCCUCUACCAGCAACACCAAUUCAUCUCCUUCUGUUCCAAGUCACAACACAACGACAGACAACUCAUCUGCAGCACUAAAAGUACCUUGUACAAGGUCUUCUCGGAGAUAUCAGACUCCAGAAGCCACAAGAAAAUCUGUCCAGUCCAAGUCACCAAACUCCAACUCUCAGUCAUCUCAAGAUUCAGGAUCUACUCGCAGAUCUUCAAGGAAUAGGAAAAAUGACUGAGUUUCCUGGGGAUGGAAAAGUCAUCCUUCAACAGUAGGUAUUUUACCUUGAAGAAAGGUAUAAAAUUUGUCUUGAUAUUCUAUUAUUUUUUUGUAAUGUAUUUGAAAUAUUUCUACUCUUCUUGAUGCUUCAGUUCUUAUCAUUUAUAAAACUAUAUAUAAGAAUUCCUAAAGUAGUUAUUAAAAUCUUUAUGUUCAUUAGAGCAAUAAGGGAAUACAAAGUCUCACUUGAAUAUCUUGAGAUGUGUUGCAUGGUUUGUAAACAUGAUAAAGCACAUGACCUUGAUAUUCUAGUUCAUUAAAAGUUUUCUGCUAACAAAGUAGGAGAUAUUACAUAAUGUCAGUGGCUUUUGUGUUUGUAGAUUGCUUUAAAGUUUGGACAUGAAGAUGCACAAAUGUUUACUGUGGCAAUUUCCUCUUCCAUAAGAGACUUUUUCCUUAGUUUUUAUCCACUCUGGCCCCCAGCCUAUAUUUAGAUGUAAGGACGAUUAUUAGAAGUUCAAACUAGUUCAGCUUACAGCCAUGCCAUUCCAAGCCACAAAUUACAACCGAAACUAGAAAUUUUUGACACAAGUUGCAUUUCAAUUUCAGUUUCUUGCUGUAGUGACACUUAGGGAGUUUUGAGAAAAUUAUGGGAAAUAUUGAUAUGUAUUGUUAGUAUUUGAGAAUAUUAUGGGAAAUAUUCAUAUGUAUUGCUAGUUUUUCAUUUACUUUUUAGUUUUGAAAAUAGAUUUUAAUUUUGUUUGAUCCAAGCAAAUAUUGUUCACCUUUGAUAAUAGGCAUAGUUGACCAAAUGUUUUUUACAUUAUGAUACCGCAUGUGUAUGCAUGAAGAUUAAAAGAACUCCCUUGAAAUAAUGUGUUCGCUUGCUCCACUGGUGUUUACAAGAGAAGAAGAAUGGCAGACUCC